UUGUGUACCUUAACACGUACACCCCCACCCCACCCACCCACCAUUUUCUUUUAUAAAUUCACACCACCAUGUUUCACUUCUUCCUCACGAUUAAACCAUCACAUUAUUAAAUUCAAAUCUAAUUCUCCUCACUACACACACAGAUACACACACACACAUAUAUAUAUAUAUACACACACACAGACACACAUAAUUUGCUUACUAAGAGUUCGAUUAUCGGUGCUAUUGUUGCACCUCGGAUGAGGAGAGUGGGAAGAUCAAGUAAUAUAAGCGGCGGCACCGGAAAAUCAACCGAUGGAGGGUCAGUAUCACGGCGGCGCGCCUAUUUCUCACAGCGGAGGAUCUCGCCCUUCCCUAGGGUUUCCCCUGGGAACCGCACUUCUCUUGGUGGUGAUCUUCAGCCUCAGCGGAAUAUUCUCCUGCUGCUACCACUGGGACAAGCUCCGCCGCACUUUGUCCCUCAACGCCGCCGCCGAUCUCGAAGCCGACGGUGAUCUCGGCCCCUCCAAACCUAAAAACCCUCACCUGCAUAUGAAGAAGGAGGUGAAUCAGAGUUUGCCUGUGAUAAUGCCAGGGGAUAACGUACCCAGGUUCAUAGCGCUGCCGUGUCCGUGUGAGCCGCCGCGGCUGGGCCAAAUCGCCGCCGUGGUGCAGAAACCGCCGCCAAAGCCGCCGCGGAUCGCCGUGCCCUUGUAUUAAAGUUGAUUCCCAUGUAUAUAAAUUUUUUAGAGUUGAAUUAAAAUUCCAAUCUUCUUAUCUAUGUUUCAUUAUUUAAUUAAAUAUAGAAUUGAAUUUUAAUACGGCGGCAUUCAAUUGGAUAAUAAAUGCAAUUUCCUUU